UGUAGGAAAACUCACAAUUUACGUAGAAUGUUUUAGUAAAACUGUUUUCUUCUUCUUAAAUCCAUUCAACUUCGUCAGGAAGUUGUAAAUCUUCACACCAAUCAGCUCGUAACGAACAUUAGUUGGAAAACAUACAAUAUGACGUCAUUUGUGUCUAUUUUUAUUGGUUCGAUCCUUAAGGUAGUGUGAAAGGUGUUAGUGGUGCGUUAACUCCAGUUUUCCAGGUGAUGUUGAAUGAAUGAAAUGUUAAUUAUUAAAAAACUGAAAUUGUAUAGAAGAUGGUUGCCGAACAUCUAUCCAGUGCGUGGUUUGAAGAGGCAUGGAAAGAAUUAGAUAGUAAAUAUGAGAAAAAUUCAAGUCCUGUUGCUGUUUCCAAAGGCCUAAAAUGCCGAACUGUUUUCGAUGUAGUACGUACUGGGACUCUUGCUGCCGUAAAAUUUUUGGUAGAGAAAUACAGUAAUCAUAUUUUAUGCGAGAAAGAUGAGAACGGUCACACUGCAGCUCACUGGGCAUGUUUAGGCGGUCAUUUUAACAUUGUUCAGUAUAUGGUAGAUAUAGGCGUGUCUGUUAAUAUUCCUAGUUCAAGUCACAUUGGUGCCUAUCCCAUUCAUUGGGCAUGUGUAGAAGGACAUGUAUCUAUAGUAGACCUUCUUCUUCGGAAUGGAGUUCCCAUGGACAUCUGUGAUAUGAAUGGUUGUACUCCUCUUAUAACCGCUUGUCAGCACGGGAACAGUCACCUGGUUUGUUACCUCCUUGGACGUGGUGCAAAUAAAACUAUCUGUGAUCGAAAUGGCGACACUGCUUUGCAUUGGGCCUCUUAUAAAGGUUUCCCAGACCUUAUGAGAUUGUUAAUUUAUUCCGGUUUCGAUCCUCGACUACAAGAUAAUUUCGGAUAUACUUCUUUGCAUUUGGCGUGCCUUAGUGGAAAUCUGGUAGCUGUUGAAGAUCUCUGUGAGAAAGAUAAAAUCGAGCUCUGUACGAAAGAUAAACACAACAGAACCCCUUUACAAUUGGCUGAAGAACAAGGUCAAAGUGACAUUGCCGAAUAUUUAAAACAAGAGAUUCGGAGAAGAAAAUAUAUUUUUUCUAAUUUUAACCUAUGGCUUUUAGUGUUUGGUACGAAUGGGCACAGCAAAGGACCUUUAUUUUUCCUUUUAGGGACCCUUUUCUUCUGGGGCUACCCGAUGUAUAUUCUCAGGUGCGUUCCUCUUACAUGGAACGAAUAUGAAUCGUUGCAUUUCGUCUUCCUACUCACAAAUGCAGUUAUGUGGGUAAGUCUAAUGAUAGCUCAUAGUCUUGACCCUGGGUACUUAGCACUGGACACUGAAGAUUACCAUCGAACUAUAAGUGAAUUAGCAAGGUUCGACAAGUUUCAGCAAAACAAGCUACCAAUGCCUCAGUUAUGCCAUACUUGCAGAACUGUUCGACCCUUGCGAGCCAAGCAUUGUAGGGUGUGUAAUCGAUGUGUUCGACAUUUCGAUCACCACUGCCCUUACAUUUAUAACUGUGUCGGAUUAAAUAACAGAAUAUGGUUCCUAAUUUUUUCACUUACAAUAGCGAUUAACUGCACAGUUACAGUUUUCUUUGCACUUGCCUGCAUUUGGGAAGAUGGCUGGCAGUACACAUACGUAAUCGGAUUACUAGAAGCAAUGGUGUUUUGUGGAAUCGGCUGGGUUCUUUCUGGGAGUACGGUUUUAUAUGCUAUGUACAAUCUGACAAUGAAUGAAGCGUUUAAUUACCAUCGUUAUCGCUACUUAAAAGAUAGCGACGGUCAUUACCACAAUCCUUUCAAUAGAGGUGUUCUAGAAAAUAUAAAGGAAUUUUUUCACUGCACUAGAGUCUGGGAUGUCCACGAUAUCAUCAAGAUCGAAGAAAAUGUGUAAGGAACUUCCCUCUUAAUGUGAAAUCCUCCAGAGAAUGAAUGAAAUUGAAUGCACUUGAAAAUGAUUGAUUUUUUUUUCACGCGCGUAUGGGGUGUCUAUGCCAGAAUUGGACAGCAGUUUAUCCAGCAACAAUCGGUAACCAGGAUCCUUAGUUUACAUCGCUGGUAUUUAGAAAUCCCUCUUUUCCACGCGCGUGCUGGACGUCCACGACAUAAAGACGACCACGACGAAUUUUAUACACUGACACAGCACAGUCAAAUCUCCACGGAUCAAAUGCAAACCUACCAAAGCUUAGAAAAUGCAAUUUUUAUGUUUUGAUGGUUAGUUUUAGAGCUAAGCGAAACAUGCUCAUAUGGAGAAUCAUCUCACCAAUGAAUAACUGAUGAGAAACAAAACAAAAAACUAAGUCUGUAUUGGCUGUUUGAACUGGAGGGAUGAAAAGUCAGCUGGUUUAUUUUAUUUAUGUCCUUGAUUUUUUUUUUUUUUUUUCAUUUGAUGUACUCCAUUAGAUUAGAGGAACUACUUCAUUUCGUUAUUAAUGGUGAGAGUUAUUUAACAUCAAAAAUGACAAGAGAAUAACUAUUGCUUUUGGCUGUAUGAUAUAACUGCCUCAUAAUGAAUAUAAAUGUGUUUAUUAUAAUUAACCUCUAAUACAUUAAUAUUUAUAUGAAAUACAUGCUUAUAAUGGAUAUGAAAGUGUUUAUAUUUUUUAAAAAAAUAUGUAAAGAGAAGAUUCAAUUUAUUUUGUUUAGGUAUUGUUUAGUUUAUAGCAAAAGAAAUUAUUUAAUUGAAAAAAUAACGCUUUUGGUAAGAUUUGUUUCUAUAAGUCUUUCCUGAUUUUUAAAAAUCCUAAAUCAGUUGAAAGCGGAAACAUCCGGUAUGGUUUAAGAUAUUUGUUUCAAAUGUAAUGGUAUUUCAAAAGCUCGAAUUCCUCUUAAUAAGUGUCGCGGUCAAUAUAGACCGGAAUUGAAAAAGCUUUCUGGUCGUGAAUAUUUGUCAAGAAAGUAAAAUAAACAUCACGUGAUGGAAGAGGAAGAAAAAAAAUAAUUUAAAAAUAUCAAAAUAAUUUAAAUUUUUACAAAAAAUAAUCAUUCCCUUUUUUUUAAUUAUUGAUGGUGAUAAAACCUUUGUUUAUUUGUUUGUUUGUUUGUAUAAGAAUUCAAAUUUUUAUUUUAGUUAAUCUGAGUGAUUCUAAAUAGUAUUGAAACACUAUUAUUGGUCAUGUAUUUUUCAGAGUCAUAUAUCCUAAACAUUGCUACGCCAUACGAUGUUCGACAGAGUCGUUUCGGUAGUCUGUAAAGUGUUUUCAAAACCAAAAAGAAAGAAAAGACUGCAUGCCAGAAAAAGGGAAAUAUUCUUGGCAUUUGCCACAAUUUAGAAAAGAAAUUCUUAUUUUUCUGAAAAAUGUAGUUUGUUUGAAAUAUUUUACUAAAUUGUGUAGAUCUCUCUGUCAUUAUUUUUCCCGGCUUUUAUUUUCCAUAUGAUUUAUUCCAUUCGUUAUAUAUUUGGAAUUUAAUCAUCAGAUUAUUUUUGUUUUUAAUGAUUGUUGAUUCCAUACUGAACCAUUUUUUAAUUCGAUGAAGAGGAUUUUAUAUUUUUUAUUACUAUUUACUAAAACACAGCUUCUCAAUUUAGUUUUAGAAUAACUUUAAUGGAAAAAUGAAAGAAAAUAUCGUUGGCACUCCACACUACAUUGUCAAGCGACAUCUUUUAUCUGCCUUUUAAAUACCAAAAAUUGGAUUUAAUUUUUGAUUUGUCUCCAACUUUAUCUGUAUAUUUUAAAUUAUAGAAUAAAAGAUUGUCUAGAAAAGAGUGGUUAAAGAAUUGCUUGAAGCAAUAUGUCUAGGAUAACUGUUUUAGUGUGAAUUAUAUGCAACCAAUGCCAUGAAGUCUUCAAAAUGCAAAUAAGACCUUUGCAUUUUCCCCCUCGUUGCCUUUCGAUUCUUUUAAAUGAGAUUUUGAUAUCGAGGAGUAUGAUUGGUUAUUGCUAUAUUCAGGGUUCUCUGUGACAUCUUAUUUUUUCUUUCUGAUUCGCUGUCAAAAAUUUGUUUGAAAAGCAAAGGAAUAAAAAUCGCUUCCUGUCCCAUCUUUUGUCAGUGCCCAUGUAAGCUGCAAACAUUCUUACAGUUCAUUAGAGUUCAACACAUAUCUUAAGCGCUUCCGAAAUGUAAAUGCACAUUUAUCAAAUGAAAACCUAUUUAUUGAAAUUGUAUGUCUGAAUAAAUGCUAAUGUUGUUUCUGAUUAAGUCCAAAACUUUCCUUCUACCUCAUACAUUUUGCUACUAAUAAAUUAUAAAAUACUUCCAAUCUUGAUGUAGAUAAUUAUUCAAAUUAUGAAACAACUUCAGAGAGCUGACAUUCAUUUUAUCUUAUUCUAUGAUUUCAAAAUAGCAGAAUUUCAGAUUAAAACUUAAAACUUCAUUAGUAAAAGUCAUUCAAUGAUAUCUGGCUUCGGCAUCAUAUGAGAAAAUAUAAUAUAACUAAUAUGGUACGCUUAAUUGAAGUAAUGAUGUCGGUCGGUCUUUAAGAAUGUAUAUUGUCAUUCUUCUAAACAUUUGUCAUCAAAAAAUAUCUUAGAAAUAUUUUUAUUCAACACAGAAUAAAAUUGCAUAAGCAAAGAAUAACACUAUUUGGAUAGUUGCAGAAAUAGUUUAAAUUUCAUUUAAAAAAUUCACAGCAAAUAAAAUUAAAUGUUUUCUUUUUUUUUCAAGUUCUAGUUUAAGCAGUAAAUGACACUUUACAGCACCAUAAGAACUGACAAUCUCUCACUGAACACAGCAAUGUUCUAAUUAAAAUAAAUUGAAGAUAUUAGCAUUUCACAAUUCUUAGCUCUCAGUUUUUUUAGAUUUUUAAAAAUGUUUUUUAAGAAUGUUAACAACUGACCUCUGAUUUUUGUAUCUGUUUACUUAAGCACAUGUUUAUUCAGUUUCAUUUUGCUAACAUACUGCACCGCACUGUGAGCAAGCCUCGGUUUGAAUCCCUCACACAUGCAUAGUUGGAACAGGAAAAUAUAAUAAUUAUACUAUAAAAAAUAGUAUGUUAUAAAUGAAUGAUAAUAAUUGUAGUUAAUUUGUAUGAAGUCCUUUAAAUUGUUUUUCAGAUUUUAAUAUAAUAUAAAUUGCGCAUGUAAGAUUAGUAUACAUUUUGUGAAAUAUAAAAUGUAAGAAUAGACUUCGCCCUUUACUUCUUUGAAAAUAAACCUGACUUCUGAGGACUUAUCUUCUACUAUUAAACAUUUCGCUCCGAUUAUUCAAUUAGAAUGUCAAAUACUUUCAUUAUUAAAUUUAAAAACUAAUCCAUUUAUACUAAAUUAGAGAAUUAUCUCUCUUUUUGAAGUCACGUUACUAAUCUAGAACUUGAUAAAGUAAUAUUAUAUAUUUCUAAGAUAUUCUUUGUACUACAUCUCUUAGCAUAUACCUCCACUUUAAAACUUUUGCUCUUUCACAAAAUUAUCCAUUUCUAUUAGAUUUAAAAAUUACACACAUUAUUAAAUUAUUUUUCAUAGUCACGGGCAAAAAUGUUGCAUUAGAAAUCAUAGAAUAAAAUUACAGUUAGGGUUAAUUCAAUAGAUUGACUUGAAUAAUAUGUCACGAUUCUUCUAUUGAUCAGUUUGCAAUCACACAUUUAGGAAUAAAUGCUCAAACUUUUAUAAUCAGUCAGAGGAAAUUUCCAUUAUCAAACAAAUCUAUUAGAAAUAUGUAGUUUUUUAAAAUUAACUCUUUUUCGAAAGGAAAAUGGCAAUAUUAAUAAUAUACAAUGACUUUGCACCGUCAAUUUCUCUUUCUAUAGAAAUUCAUCCCAAAUAAUUUAGAAUAAAUCACUACUGCUGAAUCUUACGAAAUUAAUUGAGAAUUCCUCGUAAAAGUUCCUGCAUUCUUCCGCUGUUAUUGUAUAUUAUUUUUAAACAAACUGAUACAAGCUGUUGUAUAAAGUGUAUUUAGUGAUAAACAUGGCUUAUAUUUUAUUUUAAAACUGUACCAUUUUGAAUAUAGCAUACGUGUAGUGUUUGUUUUUUUAUUCCUGUUUCAAUGAAAUGUGCUAAUGCGAUGUUUUGGAAAUCAAAGAAGUCUUCCAUUUCAACAUCUGCGCAGGAGCUAAAACAAAGGAGAAACGAAUGAAAUGUUUAAUUUUUAUCGCUCUAAUAUCUAUAGAAUUCUAGUUGCGGUUACAAAAUACAAAGCAAUGUCGGACAGUUGCAUAGUUAUUUCAAUUUUACAAUAUAAUUUGAAGGAGUAAGAAUUAAAAGGUUGCUUUUCAAAAAUUUAAACUGCAUUAUAAAUUUAUCUUAUAUUUUCACUCUCUUUAUAUUUUUCCUGACUAAAUGAGUAAGUAAAUUAACUUAACACUAUCAGAUCUUAAAUAUGUGUUUCAAGAAUGAACAUGUCCUUUUAUACUGGGAUCUUUCUAUCAAUAUUUAGAACCGUGAUUGUUGCUGUAAUUCUUUGGGAAAUAAAAUGCUUUUUGGUCUAUA